GGCAAGCGGGGUCCCGGGUCGGGUCUAAGGCACAGGGGGCGGCUGGAGCCACUGGGUGUGAGAGUCUGGAGACUGGCAGAGCAGACAGCCUGACAGUUGGCUUCCCGGGCGCUGGUGCCCCGCCCUCCAUGGUAUCUGGACCCCAAAAUGGUUACAGGGUAGGGGAAUGUAGGAGAAAUGUGGUAGUGUAAGGGGCAUCCAGGGAGCCCACGGAUCCAGGGGAGGCGGCUGCAGGAGAAAUGGCGGUGCUGGAAUGGUGGGGGGCAAGAGUCCUCCCGUGUGGUGCAGGGAGGGUGUCCAGCUCUGGGACAGCUCAGCUGGCGGGUGGUGAGUCGCCUGGGCUACUAGGGUUCUGAUCUGUUUCCGGAGAGGGACCCUUGUACCCUGCGUCCUGGGUGCUGUCCCUUCCCACAGGCUCCUGCUUGAUGGCAAAGUCUCCUGUCUGCGUGGUAGGUCUGGCAUAUUCUGACAGGCCACAGUGAGCAUCUGUAAACCAGAGUCUUGAGGAAAGAGGAACAGGAAAAUGGCGUGGAUUUCUGGAGGCUUGCUUUAAGGCUGGUCAGUUCUGAGAGAAAGGAAAGAAGGCAUCGAGGAUACUGUCUCAAGAUCUGUGGAGGUUGGUGAGAAUCAGGGGCGGCACAGGAGCCAGGGUUGCUUUAAGGCUGGUCAGUUCUGAGAGAAAGGAAAGAAGGCAUCGAGGAUACUGUCUCAAGAUCUGUGGAGGCUUGCUUUAAGGCUGGUCAGUUCUGAGAGAAAGGAAAGAAGGCAUCGAGGAUACUGUCUCAAGAUCUGUGGAGGCUUGCUUUAAGGCUGGUCAGUUCUGAGAGAAAGGAAAGAAGGCAUCGAGGAGACUGUUCCAAGAUCUCUGGAGGUUGUCAAAAAUCAGGGGCAGCACAGGAGCCAGGACUCCCCGCCAUCAGCUGUUGGUCUUAACAUCACUUGAACGCAUAAAAAGGAGGGAGUUGCACCACAUCGGUGAAGAUCACCUGCAGUAGCUGCUUGGCAGUGCUGGGGUUGCUGCUGACCAGUGCAGUCAACAGAUCUGCGCCCACCUAGGACCUGUCCAUCUUCCUCCGGCUUGGCCUCGCCUCUUCUGAACUGCGUCUGUGUUAUUGACUGAGCCUGCUUGGGUAGGAGCCUCCUUGAGUGCUGGAUUGCCACUCCAGUCUAAUUCUUUUAGAUCUCAUAGCCUAACUUACCAAAGAGUAUUGUGAAGAUCAACCCUGUAACAGAUCUGCAGUGAGAGUUUACUGUUGUUAACUGGUAUACAUUGGGACUUCAUCUAACAUAUACUAUGACUAGGGCAGAGAUUGAGCCUGGUGCCCAGGCAAAGGCUGAAAGCAAGCCUGGUGAUGAGAAUGCCAAUACCAAUGGUGCUGAGGGAGAGAGCGAAGCCCCAUUGGUGGUCAGACCCAAGGUUAGGACACAGAUAAUGACUGGAGCAAGGCCCAAAGUGAGGCCUAAGAGUACUCCUGCACCCAGACCUAAGAUUGAAGCCAGUUUACCAGGUGGGGCAUAUGCUAAAUGCAAACCCAAGUCAAUCCCUAUUGCACGAUCAAAGAACGAUGCCCAAGUCUGGGCUCCAAAUAGGUUUCGGGCAGAGCCCAUGUCAAAGAUGGGCAAACAAUGUCAGAUCAGUCCUCCACUGGUCAAUACUGAUUCUGGGAUGGUUGCUCAAGCGAAGUGCCUGUCUGUAGAUAGAGAACAUGGUAAUAUGGACACUGAGAGUUUUCCCAAGAAGACUAAUUCUCAAGCAGGAUACCAGCCUUCUUUUGGCUCAGAGGAGGGACCCAGUAUGGGGUCCUGGUACCGUCCCAGGCCUAUCCCCAAAGGAGAGGCUUAUGAGAAUUCUGAUUUCAGAUGGGCAGACAAACCCUCAGGAAGUUCCUCCUUCUGGAAUAGGGAUGAAACUAGUACAAGAUUUCGUCCUAGGAAAAACAUGAAGCCCAAUAAUACCAGGUUCAGACACAUGGCCAAACAAGAGGCAAAUACCAUGCCUAGGCACAAAAACAAGCAAGAGCUCUAUAAUAUUUCUAGUUCUGAUUCUGAAGAGGAGUCUGCUAAGGCUCCCUGGUUCUGGGCUAAAGAAAAGCCCAAAGUCUGGUCAAGGCCCAGAGAAGAGCCCAAUAAUAGGUCCUGGUUUAGGCCUAAGAAAGAAGUCCGAGUUGAAUCUACUUCUGGGUCUGAAUGUGAAAAUCAUACAAAAUCUUCAUUCUGGUCUGGAGAAGAUGCCAAAUCUAGAUCCAAACCCAGAGCCAGGAAAGGGGUCAACAUGAGGGCCAGGCACCAGGCCAAGCGAGAACCUUGCAGUGAUGGCCUCUCUGGAUCUGUUGAUACAAAUAAAAAAGAGUCCUGGUCCUUCCCUGAAGAUAAGGCUAGUGCUUUUUCAAAGUCUAAGCCAAAGAAAGAGCCCAAAACCAGAGCAAUGCCAAAGGAAGAGGUCAAAACCAAGACCAGAGCAAGUAGCAAACAAGAAGCCAGGGCAGAGGAGGAAGUCUUCAUUGGGUCUUGGUUCUGGGAUCCCCAGGAGUCCAGGAGGGUAGAUAGGGUAAGCACCAAGGCCAGCCUACUUGUAGAGGAGGAGCCCUUUGUUGGAGAUUGGUUCUGGAGUGAAGAAGAAGCCAGUGUGGACUCUGAGACCUGUUGUAAAGCCAGACCAAGGGCUAAGGAGGAACAAGUUAGUGCUUACUCGUUAGGGUCUAGAAAGAAGACCAGUAUGGAGAAUGGGCCUAAGGCUACCUCUAAGUCUGUACCUGCAGCUAAUGAGGAGGGAAAGAACAUUGUUGGGUCCUGGUUCUGUGCUGAUGAUGAAGAUGUCAACUUACAGGCUGAGGAUGAGUCCAUUUUUGGAUCUUGGUUCUGGGGCAUUGGCGAGAACAGUGUGAGAUCUGUUGGAGUCAGUUGUGAGAAGAUGCCCAGGUCUGGGGAAAAGGAAGUUACUAAUUCGUGGUUCUGGGCAGGAAAAGUCAAUGCAGAGGCUGAGGCUGAAGAACAGGCCAGGCCAGCAUCUACAAAAGGGACAAUCUUUGUGCCUUGGUUUUGGUCUCAAAAACAGGCACAUGUGGAUUUAGGGACUGAACCUUGCUCUGACAUCAUGGCAGGAGCUGAGGAGGAGCCCAUAAUUGGGCCCUGGUUCUGGGCUAAAGUAGACAAUAGUGCAGACAUUGAAGUUAACAGUAAGUCUAGCCUGGAAGAUGAGGAAGAGCCCAUUAUAUCUCCUUGGUUUGGGGCCAGAGAACAAGCCAAUAUGAAGUAUGCAGCUGGUGCCAGAUACAAGCCUGUGGCAGAAGCUGAGGAGAAUAAUAAAAUGUCUGACUUUUGGGCAAAAGAACCCAGUUUGUGUCCUGCCAAUAGAGAAAGCUUGAAGUCUACUCUGAGAGAGCAAGGAAACACUGUUGACUCAUGGCUCUGGUCUAAUAAUUAUCCAAGGAGAGAGGCCAUUGCAGGGUCCUGGCUAUGGCCUGCAGAAGAGGGAAAUAUAGAUGAUGAGACAGGGGAAGAGAUCAAGCUACCAACUUUAGAAGACAACAUACUCAAUUCUUGGUUCUGGAAGCAAAAUGAAGAAACUAUUGUAGAGGCUGCCAACAGAGCGGAAUCCAAGCCAGAAGCUGAAGAGGAAGACAUCAUUGGCUCUUGGUUUUGGGCUGGGGAUGAGGACAGAUUUCAGCCAGCUACUGAGAUUAAUGAAGAGAACAAGAUAACAUCCGAAGAAGAAGAUACAGUUGGAUCCUGGCUCUGGGGCAAGGAAGAGGCCAGGCUAGAGGCAAUGAGAAGGGGCGCUUUUGAGUCCACUCCUGGAAUUAAGCGGGAGGAAAUUACUGGGUCAUGGUUCUGGACUGAAGAAGCCAAAAUAGGGGCUGGGUCACAGACAAUCGAAACUGGGUCAGAAACUGAAGAGGAGGCAAUUUUUCAGUCUUUGAUCUGGGCUGCAAGAAACAACAAUGUAGGAGCAGGAAUAAACCGUGUGUCCAGGCCAGAGAAUAAGGUUGAAAUGAAUGUGAUUACCAGUGAGUCCAAUCCAGAAAAUGAGAAAGGGCCAAUUGUUGAGCUUGGGCCAAGUGUAAAAGAUGAGGUGAUUAACAAGACUGGCAGUGGAGAUAACUGUGAAUCUAAUGCAGAAGCUGAAAACAUAGUGGGAUCCUGGUUCUGGGACGGAGAUGAAACUAGUUUUGAAUCAAAUCCUACUCCUGUAUUCAAGGCCAUUUGCAAGCCUAAGUCUUCAGCUGAGCAGGAACCUGACCCUUCCCGCAGACCCCAGAGCUGGGAUGAGGUCACUGUUCAGUUUAAGCCGGGCCCAUGGGGAAAAGCUGGCUUCCCAUCCAUAAGCCCCUUCCGGUUUCCAAAAGAAGCAGCAUGUCUGUUUGCUGAAAUGUUUGGGGGGAAACCUAAGCAAGAAGGAGAGGAGGAAUCUUCAAGUCAGUCUGACAAUGAGUUCCCAUUUCAGUAUGAUCCCUCUUACCGAUCAGUCCAGGAAAUUCGAGAGCAUCUUAAGGUCAGGGAAAGUGUGCAGCCUGAGAGCUGGUCCUGUAGCUGCAUACAGUGUGAGCUUAACAUUGGUUCUGAGGAGUUUGAGGAACUUCUCUUACUGAUGGACAGGAACCGAGACCCUUUUAUUCAUGAAAUAUCUAAAAUUGCAAUGGGCAUGAGAAGCGCUUCUCAGUUUACCCGAGAUUUCAUUAGAAACUCGGGUGUCGUGUCACUUAUCGAAGCCUUACUUAACUAUCCAUCCUCCCGAGUUAGGACAAGGUUUUUGGAAGAAAUGGUUAGCAUGGCUCCACCUUAUCCAGAUCUGAACGUGAUUCAGACAUACGUGUGUCAGGUUUGUGAGGAUACCUUUGAUUAUGACUUGGAUUCCCCUGAGCAGUUGUCUGGAUUGUCAAUGAUUACACACCUCAGUGCUACUUCUGACUACCACAAGGUGGUUGGCAAUUAUUUGACUGGGUUCUUCUACUUACUGAGUUCAGGCAAUACCAAAACAAGGUUUCAUGUUCUGAAAUUGCUACUGAAUUUGGCUGAAAAUCUCGUUAUGACAAAACGACUGCUUGCUACUGAGUCCAUGUCUGAAUUUAUGACCCUCUUCAGUAAGGAGGACUCAAAUGAGAACAUCCAAAUUGUUCUCGCGAUAUUUGACAAGAUUAGCAAAAAUAUUCAGAAAGAAGCCUUGUUCGCUGAUGAUGAUGAUGAUGAUGAUGAGGUGGUGGUGAAUCUUGACCCACUUAUUUCUGCAUUCCAUGAGAUUGAAAGCUUUGCUAAAACACUAAAACGCAAGCCUGACAAUUAAAAAUCACCCUGAAGCAGAACAAAACCGUUUAAUAUGCUUAACCAUUUGCCUGUGAUUGUCCUUGUGCUCCUGAGUCUUAUGAUCCUCAAGUAAUGCUUUGGUUUCACAGCUGAUUCCGUGUUUCAGUGUACCUCUUUAAUGCUGGUGAAAAUUUUAUCCAACUCUGUGUAAGCUGUAUCAUUUUUCUGAUGCCAAAUGAAUAUACAACUGAAAACACACGUGUUGAUGGUACUUGUUUUGUUGAUUGUGCUGUUCAAUAUGUGAGUUUAAAGUGAACUGAGCCAUUGUAAAUAAGAUUCCCUUCUAAUCGUUGUGCCCAUGUGUAUCUAUUUGAGUGAGUCUUGUGCUUCAAUAAAGUUAUAUGUUAAAGCAA